AUGAAAUACAAUUUGGAUCUGGAGAAAAAGGCACAAACAUUAUCUGAACAGUGUCGUGCUGGACACGAUAGAGCUGUGGACCGAAAAAUUUCUCCAUUUCCAUAUGUUGGACAAAAUUGGGCAGGUGAAAGUACAAUCGAACUGGGAUUCAAAUCAUGGUUGGAUGAAAAUAAACAUUACGAUUAUUUCAGAAGUUAUUGUGGAGAAGGUCAAUGUAAUGAAUAUACACAGAUUGUCUGGGAAGAAACUACCGAUAUUGGAUGCAGUGUAACAGAAUGCCCCAAUUCACCGUUCAGAUUGAGCAUUGUGUGCAAUUAUGGCCCUGGAAACCAACCACCAGAACAACAACAGCAACAACAACAAAAUCAACGACAACAAGAACUACCAAGACAACACCAAAGACAACCAACGCCACCACAACUCAGAAACCAACCACCAGAACAACAACAGCAACAACAACAAAAUCAACGACAACAAGAACUACCAAGACAACACCAAAGACAACCAACGCCACCACAACUCAGAAACCAACCACCAGAACAACAACAGCAACAACAACAAAAUCAACGACAACAAGAACUACCAAGACAACACCAAAGACAACCAACGCCACCACAACUCAGAAACCAACCACCAGAACAACAACAGCAACAACAACAAAAUCAACGACAACAAGAACUACCAAGACAACACCAAAGACAACCAGCACCACCACAACUCAGAAACCAACCACCAGAACAACAACAGCAACAACAACAAAAUCAACGACAACAAGAACUACCAAGACAACACCAAAGACAACCAACGCCACCACAACUCAGAAACCAACCACCAGAACAACAACAGCAACAACAACAAAAUCAACGACAACAAGAACUACCAAGACAACACCAAAGACAACCAACGCCACCACAACUCAGAAACCAACCACCAGAACAACAACAGCAACAACAACAAAAUCAACGACAACAAGAACUACCAAGACAACACCAAAGACAACCAACGCCACCACAACUCAGAAACCAACCACCAGAACAACAACAGCAACAACAACAAAAUCAACGACAACAAGAACUACCAAGACAACACCAAAGACAACCAACGCCACCACAACUCAGAAACCAACCACCAGAACAACAACAGCAACAACAACAAAAUCAACGACAACAAGAACUACCAAGACAACACCAAAGACAACCAACGCCACCACAACUCAGAAACCAACCACCAGAACAACAACAGCAACAACAACAACAAAAUCAACGACAACAAGAACUACCAAGACAACACCAAAGACAACCAACGCCACCACAACUCAGAAACCAACCACCAGAACAACAACAGCAACAACAACAAAAUCAACGACAACAAGAACUACCAAGACAACACCAAAGACAACCAACGCCACCACAACUCAGAAACCAACCACCAGAACAACAACAGCAACAACAACAAAAUCAACGACAACAAGAACUACCAAGACAACACCAAAGACAACCAACGCCACCACAACUCAGAAACCAACCACCAGAACAACAACAGCAACAACAACAAAAUCAACGACAACAAGAACUACCAAGACAACACCAAAGACAACCAACGCCACCACAACUCAGAAACCAACCACCAGAACAACAACAGCAACAACAACAAAAUCAACGACAACAAGAACUACCAAGACAACACCAAAGACAACCAACGCCACCACAACUCAGAAACCAACCACCAGAACAACAACAGCAACAACAACAAAAUCAACGACAACAAGAACUACCAAGACAACACCAAAGACAACCAACGCCACCACAACUCAGAAACCAACCACCAGAACAACAACAGCAACAACAACAAAAUCAACGACAACAAGAACUACCAAGACAACACCAAAGACAACCAACGCCACCACAACUCAGAAACCAACCACCAGAACAACAACAGCAACAACAACAAAAUCAACGACAACAAGAACUACCAAGACAACACCAAAGACAACCAACGCCACCACAACUCAGAAACCAACCACCAGAACAACAACAGCAACAACAACAAAAUCAACGACAACAAGAACUACCAAGACAACACCAAAGACAACCAACGCCACCACAACUCAGAAACCAACCACCAGAACAACAACAGCAACAACAACAAAAUCAACGACAACAAGAACUACCAAGACAACACCAAAGACAACCAACGCCACCACAACUCAGAAACCAACCACCAGAACAACAACAGCAACAACAACAAAAUCAACGACAACAAGAACUACCAAGACAACACCAAAGACAACCAACGCCACCACAACUCAGAAACCAACCACCAGAACAACAACAGCAACAACAACAAAAUCAACGACAACAAGAACUACCAAGACAACACCAAAGACAACCAACGCCACCACAACUCAGAAACCAACCACCAGAACAACAACAGCAACAACAACAACAAAAUCAACGACAACAAGAACUACCAAGACAACACCAAAGACAACCAACGCCACCACAACUCAGAAACCAACCACCAGAACAACAACAGCAACAACAACAAAAUCAACGACAACAAGAACUACCAAGACAACACCAAAGACAACCAACGCCACCACAACUCAGAAACCAACCACCAGAACAACAACAGCAACAACAACAACAACAACAACGACAACAAGAACUACCAAGACAACACCAAAGACAACCAACGCCACCACAACUCAGAAACCAACCACCAGAACAACAACAGCAACAACAACAAAAUCAACGACAACAAGAACUACCAAGACAACACCAAAGACAACCAACGCCACCACAACUCAGAAACCAACCACCAGAACAACAACAGCAACAACAACAAAAUCAACGACAACAAGAACUACCAAGACAACACCAAAGACAACCAACGCCACCACAACUCAGAAACCAACCACCAGAACAACAACAGCAACAACAACAAAAUCAACGACAACAAGAACUACCAAGACAACACCAAAGACAACCAACGCCACCACAACUCAGAAACCAACCACCAGAACAACAACAGCAACAACAACAAAAUCAACGACAACAAGAACUACCAAGACAACACCAAAGACAACCAACGCCACCACAACUCAGAAACCAACCACCAGAACAACAACAGCAACAACAACAAAAUCAACGACAACAAGAACUACCAAGACAACACCAAAGACAACCAACGCCACCACAACUCAGAAACCAACCACCAGAACAACAACAGCAACAACAACAACAAAAUCAACGACAACAAGAACUACCAAGACAACACCAAAGACAACCAACGCCACCACAACUCAGAAACCAACCACCAGAACAACAACAGCAACAACAACAAAAUCAACGACAACAAGAACUACCAAGACAACACCAAAGACAACCAACGCCACCACAACUCAGAAACCAACCACCAGAACAACAACAGCAACAACAACAAAAUCAACGACAACAAGAACUACCAAGACAACAACAAAGACAACCAGCACCACCACAACUCUGAAACCAACCACGAAAUCAACAGUGGCAACGUCAUCUGUAAUGACAAGCAGGACAACAGCCUUUAAGCCAUUUGCAACUCCUCAACCGAAAGUCGUAUCUACGCGAGUAUCUGUUUCUACGCGUUCAUCUUCUGUAUCUGCUUCCCCUCGAACAACUGCAUCUACAACGCUCAGUAUGGUUGAAUAUUGUAGCAGGUUGUUGAAUGUUUAAUAAGCAACUUAUAUUUAUUUAUAUUAUGUGAACACCUGGUUAACACUUAACGCUUUCUAAUACCACCGUUAACUCAAAUAUUUAUUAUAGAUAUCCCGUUUUCCUCCGUUCUUCAAUAUUUGGUGUUUGUUUCUAUUCCGUAUUACAUGCGUGUUGUAAUUCUUGUCUUCUGCUAUUCAUCUACCCACUUUCUAAUAUAUCUGGAAACGUUUUAUUGCAUAUCCCUAUUCUCUGAACAUAGUGAUGUCAUUUUCUGAUGGAAAUACUUGUUGUUUCGUUGCUGAGGUUAUUUAUUUCUUCGUAUAAAUAUAUACUUAUAUA